UGUUGUUACACUGGAACUAAAAUGGCUGCUGUGAGUUUUUUUCAUUGAAGGCACUGGCACAUUUAUUCCGCUUCUUGCUUUGGAUUUCCUGUCUGUGGUGAUGCAACUCGAUUGGCAAGUCGGUUCUGAUGUUUGUCGCCAUUGUCCCGUUCUGCCCCGCUCUGUCAGCUGGUCGUGUUUUGUGGAGUUGUGCAUUUUAAGUGAGCUGUUAGCUGUGGUUAGCCAGCCUGUCGUCUGCUGAAGCUGCAGUGCUGAAGUUUGCCUUCUUCUGCUGGGCUCAUAUUCCCUUGCAUUUCAUGAAUGCUUGCUAUUUAUCGCUAUUGCGUUCUCUAACACAUACUUUGUCAUCAUCCUGUUGAAGUUCGCCACAUUUGUUUCGCAGAUGUUGUGACUGCAUACACACACAGAUGCAUAACUGUUUGAAUGAGCUGAGUUCAUGUCUCAAACUCUGUGUAUUCGCCUUCAUACGCUUGUCGUUGGGGUUGAGUUUUGAAUGGAAACUGACAGCUGACAGGGAAAUGCACCCGGGAGUGUGUUCCUGAACUGUCUCUCUGAUCUCAGGGCUUGAAUGGUGUGUUUGUGGAGGUGACAGUGCUGGUGUAACACAACAUCGCCUCCUGUCACGCAGCAACCACAAUGCAACAAGUCUUAGAGUAUGCAUUGGAUCGGGCUGAGUACAUUGUUGAAAGUGCUCGUCAGCGACCUCUGAAGAGACGGGUAUCCUCAAGUGGAAGGAAAUCCUUAUAUCAGAAACUUUAUGAAUUGUACAUUGAAGAGUGUGAAAAAGAACCAGUGUUGAAGAAACUGAGGAGAAAUGUGAAUCUACUAGAGAAGCUGGCCUCACAGGAGUCAGUCUCAUGUCUGGUGGUCAACCUGUACCCUGGAAAUGAAGGAUACUCACUUAUGCUAAGAGGAAAAAAUGGAUCUGAUUCAGAAACAAUCCGACUUCGCUAUGAAGAAACCGAGUUACUGGAGUACCUGGAUGCAGAGGAGCUGCCACCCAUUCUUGUAGACCUUCUAGAAAAAUCACAGGUGAACAUAUUCCACAGUGGCUGUGUCAUAGCUGAGGUCAGGGACUAUCGACAGUCUGGAAAUGCAAAGAUGCCCACCUACCAGAGCCGGCACAUCCUGCUGAGACCCACUAUGCAGACCCUGAUCUGUGACGUUCAUGCUAUGACAAGCGAUCACCACAAGUGGACACAGGAUGAUAAACUUCAGCUGGAGAGUCAGUUGAUUCUGGCCACAGCAGAGCCUCUGUGUCUGGACCCCUCCAUCUCUGUCAGCUGCACCACCAACCGUCUGCUCUACAACAAACAGAAGAUGAACACACGAUCCAUGAAACGGUGUUUUAGGAGGCAUUCUCAAGCAGCACUCAACAGACAGCAGGAGAUGAUGAGCCACUGCCGUGCACUGCCACAGCUCCGACUCCUGGACUACCUGCAGAGGAGGAAAGAGAGGAAACCUGCUCCUUCCAUAGACCUUAAGAUCUCCAAAGCUGGAAAUUGUGUGGACAUGUGGAAACAGAGCAGUUUUCAGCUGACUGUCCCAUCAGAAAUUGAUGUGGAGAAAUAUGCAGUGGCUAAGAGCUCUGUCAAACUAGAUGACACUCAGCCCACUGUUUGGCCUGCACAGGACGUGAGAGACGAUUACAUUUUUGAGUGUGAGGUAGGAGGUCAGCCUCAAAGAACAAAAGUCACUAUCUUCCAGUCUAUGGGGGAUCCACAGGUGUAUGGGAAAAUCUACAGCGCCAAAGACUCCAAAUCAGAGGAGGAUGUCACAGACCUACACCUCAUUCACCCACCAUUCCUCAUAGGUUCAAAGACAGACGCUGAUCGGUUUCUGACGCAGUAUAAGGAGGUGUAUGAACGGGACGUUAAGUGUCAGGUGAAGAUGUUGCACAACUCAGGCAGCACAGGGUCCCAAGGCCAGCUCUCCCCCUCCAGGGAAAACGAGGCUGAUGGUUUCUCAGCGCUUGUCCAGUCUUCAGUUUUAGGAAAGGGUGUUAAACACAGACCUCCUCCUAUCAAACUGCCAGCCGGCUCAGCCUGCGCCUCCUCAGGUAACCCGUAUAGUACACAGGCCUCAAGCGGCCAUCUCAAGUGCCCGACCCCUCCACCCACGAAGAAUCAGUCGCUGUCCCGGAAACACUCCAUGGAGCUUAGCCUGCUGUCCCCUGCUGCUCUCUCGCCCAUGCAGAGAUCAGGUACACCCAAGCCCUCCACACCCACACCCACCAACACGCCGUGUUCUACGCCACACCCUGCCGACGUUCAGAGUGCCACGCCUUCAGUAACGCCCACCCCUCAGGACCCCGCCCUUCCACAGCAGCCCACCCUGCUGACUCCCUUCGCCCAACAGCAGAUGACCCUGCCUGUCAUGACUAUUCCCCUGCACACGUCCAGCACCACAUCUUCACAGGUCAUGACAAACCCCGCAGGGCUCAACUUCAUCAACGUGGUUGGCCCGGUUUGCAGUCCGCAGACUCUGAUGAGUUCUAACCCAAUGCUGGGUUGUAGUCCUGGUACUCUGGCGUCUGGUAUACCCCUGAGUGGACUAUUGCCCUCUGGUGGUCUCAUGUCUGGAGCUCUUCCUGCCAUGCAGCCUGCUGCUCCAGCAGCAGGUGGGCCUUUUGGCCUGAACAACAGUCCUGGACUGCGACCGCUCAACCUUCUUCAGCUCCCUACGGGACCACUGAUUUUUAACUCUCUACAGCAGCAGCAGUUGUCUCAGUUCUCCCCUCAACAGCAAAGCAGUCAGUCCGCCACAUCCAGCCCCCAGCAGCAGGGGGAGGCGGCUGAUCCGGGUCUGACGGCAGAACAGGGUCUGUCCGCACAACAGACGGCAGUCAUCAAUCUCACCGGAGUGGGUGGAUUCAUGUCUCCUCAGGCAGCAGUUGCAAUUCUUGCAGCACCAAAUGCAACAGCAGCAAAUGGGUAUGGCAGUGGGGGCACUGCCACGGCAACAUUCCGCCAACCAGCCAAAAAGUAAGAGGAAACGCAGCACGCCACAGCCCCUCCCC